UUUAAAUUUGGGAUUAAACAUUGUGUGUUGCAUUGUGGGUGGUCUGACACUUCCUGCACAUUUACAAUGAAAAGUGGUCAGUAACCAGCCCCUAUUUCCUGCCUUUUAAUCAGAUACUGUGGUGGUCUUCAUGCCGAGCUUUGUAUUUGGAUGAACAGCAUUACUGUGUGUGCACCACUAGCACAAAAGUGUGGCUUUAACAAUACAACACAGCCACAGAGCACUGCUAGUUAUGGCAAAUAUGUUCCAACUGCAUGACUCUCUCCAUCCUUAAGAGUCUGAAUAAUGGACUCAUACUACCUUGUCAUGUUUUGUUCCAAGUUUUAAUGCAGAUUGAAUAUCUGCAGUACAACGUUUGAGAAAAUGUUCUGUGUUUAUGUCAGUCCAGAGGAAUGUUAUUUUUGGUGCUGAGUUGGUCCAGACUGCACAUUUGAGGGGGGAGGGCAGGGAAGGUUUUAGAGGAAAUGGUUGUUAAGAACUCCUCCUAUAUCUCUCCGCACAUUCCUCUUUGGUACCCUUCUCUCCAAGUUUUGGAGCUGAAACGUCAACGAGGACAGAACUAGCGCGGAGGCAGGAAAGCUGCAACUGGGAUAAAAAGAAACCUCAAAGACGAUCAUUGAAGGGCACAGACUCCAAGGCACUGAAGCUGACGGGUACUUCACACUGUUACUGACUGCUCCUAAAAGACUAAGUGGACUGCACAGUUGAAGGCUGGUAAUUUAGAAAAAGUUCACUUCUCUUGUGAGGACAUCAUCGUAUAGUCGUAUUGACUUCACAGGGUUGUUUGUAGGUAGGCUACCUGACUCCUCCCUCAACACCAAGCAGCCAUGGUCUUCCUACUCAUAUCCCUGACAAUUCUGCAUCUGGUUACCUUGGCCAUGCUCUUCAUCGCCACCCUCGAGAAGUCCUGGUGGGUAUGGACUGAUUCAGAAAUCACAGACCUCUGGUAUAACUGUUUCCAUGAUAAUGCCACAAAGACCUGGCUGUGUGCCACAACCAAUGAAAACGACUGGCUGCAGUCUGUCCAGGCCCUCAUGAUCCUCUCUGUGGUCUUCUCCUCCAUUUCCUUCUUGGUUUUUCUGGGUCAGCUGCUCACCUUGUCCAAGGGAGGACUCUUCUACUUCACGGGCCUCUGUCAGGCCUUUGCAGGUUUCACAGACUUUGCUGCUUGCCUCAUCUUCACCUUCCACAGAAAGGAAAUCCUAAAUGACUCCAGAGACCUGAACAGGGGACACUUUGGCUACUGUUUCAUCCUGGCGUGGUUGUGUGUGCCUCUCCUCCUGAUCAGCAGUGUCCUCUAUGUCCACUUGCGCAAGAAGCAGUGAGCAGAAAAAACCCCCCAAAAAAACGGGUAAAAAUAAACUCUUACUAAGAGUGUGAUGCUAUUCAUUCAUCAUUUCCAGUUAACAGUAAGCACACACGAGCAAAUAAAAGGCCAGAGAAUGAAAUAUCUCUUGAAAUUAUACAAUUCUGUUUUGUUUCUGACUCCACCCAAGCUACAUUGUCUGCUGGACAUUACGUCAUCGCGGUGGCAGCUCUGUUGUUGUUACUCAAGACCAAAUCAAGAAAGAUAAAAGUCGCUGCUUUAAGAUACAAAACUCAUGUGUGUGUCACAUGAAGGAGUCUGUGAUUUGUUGUACUUAAUCUGUGAUUGUGAUGAUAGUAGGACAAUAGGGGGCUCAAAUGACUUCUUUUGUAUUUUGUAUAUAUUUGUGUUUACUCUAAAAAUAACUAAUAAAUAACUAAAAACCAAUA